AAAAUGGGAGCUUCGAAACUUUCCGGGAUGCAGAAGCAAGUCCUGAGUCUCUACAGAGGAUUUCUAAGAGCAGCUCGUUCUAAGCCAACAGAAGACAGGAAGAGAAUUGAGAUGAUCGUGUCAACAGAGUUCCGCCACAACUCUAAAGAGGUCGACCGUAAGAAUUUCCAGUACAUCGAGUAUUUGCUUCGGUUAGGUACUAAACAGCUCGAUCAACUCAAAAGCCCUGACAUAGUUAGCCUCUCCUCCGUGAAGGUCGUUGCUUCUAAAACCUGAUAUUUUGCUUUUAGCCUUAAGGCUCUAGUGAUUUAUAGAUGACAACGAGAAGGAAAUCGAUUUGUUUUCCUCGAAUUUUUAACAUUGGUUUUAUAUAUGUAUGAGUAUGAUGAUGCAUGAACUGCCAUGGGUGUUCAAGAGCCAUUAUAAAAUAAAAUGAAUUGUGAUCACUUGGUAUAUAUAUCUAUACACAAAAGUUAUGUGCAUCUACUAAUACUCCUCUCCUCAAGUUAAGAGUAUGGAGAGAUUUGUAUCCGAUUAUUUCUUUGUAAGAAUACAAUACCAGUCGAUAAUGUAGUGGUUGACACUUGUUUUGUCAAUGCUCUUGCUUUACUUGAUUGUGUGAUACAGUUUCUGCCUAAAUAGUUAGGGCGUUAUAGGUGGUCUGACAUCUGUGAUCUCAUUCGUUUUGUCUAUUUGCUACUGGCUAGUGUGUAUAAUACUAUGCAUUGGAUGUAGUUUAUGAUAAAAGGCAAUUUUAAAUUAUCAAUGUGUUGCACAUGAUCAUAAAAAAAGAAAAGAAGAAAAGAGGACAAGACCCAAUCCACAAUUACACAAAGGGGGGAAAAAAAAAGAGACCCAAAGGAGACAAUAGGAGUAAAACAGCAAUUUAGUAAGUAGGAGAGA